GCUGAGGACGAGCGCGGGUCUCGUCCAUGGAUCUGAUCCGGGGCUUUUGCGGGAAGCUGCGGUCUCUGGCCGUCACCCUGGACGGCGAGACGGCCCGGCUGCAGCGAGCGCUGGACGGAGAGGACAGCGACUUUGAAGAUUAUCCAAUGAGAGUUUUACAUGACCUUCAUUCCGAAGUCCGGACUCUAAAGGAUGAUGUCAAUAUUCUUCUUGAUGAAGCAAGCUUGGAAAGUCAAGAAAGCAUUGGUUUCAUAAAGGCAACAAAAGUACUGAUGAAAAAAAAUUCAAUGGAUAUCAUGAAAAUAAGAGAGUUUUUCCAGAAGUAUGGAUAUAAUCCACGUGCUAAGGAAAAUUCAGGUGUGAAUAACUUGCAUUUUAUAGUAUUUGUUUUAGUAUUAAAGAAAGAAGGCAGCAUGAUUAAGACUACUAUAGUCUUGGCCAUUGUUUCUAGUUCUGACUCUGCCAUUAUGUGA